AGCCUGGUGAAGUGGGUUCUGCCCCGAGUAGGAGCGGCGGUGAGCACUUUAGUCCUGGACACUGGCCGUGGCAUCACUUCCCGCCUACUGCACAAUGCCCUCCUCCUCUGUCCAGCCAUUGUAAACCUCUCGGUUGCUCACACACAGAUUGACUAUUAUUCCUUUAAGGGGUUAUGGUUCCAAGGAUCCCUGCAAUGCCUCAAACACUUAGACCUGCAAGGAUGUGAACUCAUUGACGAUUCAGCCCUGGAGUGUCUUGCACAGUGUGCUUACCCUGCACGUUGCCCUAUGGCCAAAGGUAGCUUGUAUUGCCCCUAUGACGUCAAUCCUUUUGCAUACAAUGUAGGUCUUAGAAGUGAGAUUCUUGCUUCACCUUUUGAGACUGAGGUGUGCCAGCAGUGUGGGGCCAUGAGGGACUGCUUUUGCCCUGGUAGGAGAAAUGGUCCAAAUGGAAUAUUUUCUGGGGACCUUUCCCUCCAGGGAUUGACAGGAGGAGGAAGGUCAAUCUACAAUAACAGUAAAAAUGUCAAGAAGAGUAACAAUAUUCACAAGAAAGCCGGAAGGAAGAACCCUGUGCCUUUCCCCCUGGAAAAUGUCCAAGGAUAUGGCAUCUCCAGUGCUGGUCUAAGAGCAAAUGAGCAAGACAUUGAGGAGAUUUGCUGUUACAUGGGGAACUACAACUCACCCCCAGGUUUGCAGGGAAACCUUUCCUGCAGAAGACCAGAGUAUGAAACAAGGAGUGUGAAUACCUGUAAUUUCAUGCAGCAGAGUUUCUCUGACUCAAGAUAUGAGGAAUUUGACAAUGGUGUAAGAAAGAUACAGCUUACUAGCUUGAACCUCUCUGGGUGCUGGAGAGUGACAGAUGAGGGUCUCUUUGCUCUGCUGGACAGUGGCAUAGUGGUGGACAUUUCGCAUUUAGAUGUUAGUGGAUGCUUCCAGCUCACUGGAGAAGGCCUGGAGAUAUUCACAGAGACCUGCCCUUCCUUACAGCCAGAAAAGCUUUCAUACUGUGACAACAUCACUGAUGGGCCCUACCCAAAUUUAGCCAAUGGAUGUGCAAAUCUCUGCAACCCACUGAGAGUGUGCUGUCGAAAUGGCAGGUGAAGGGAACGCAUUGUUUUUUCACUUGCUCUUGCUGGGCUGUCUAUAUAGAGUAAUAAAAAAGAAUUUGUUAGCAAAACAAUCCAUUUCUAUAAGCCCUUUCUGGCUGUUUUCAAUGAUGCUUAGCAGUCUUUUCACAAAACAAAACCACACCUUAAUAAAAUGUGAAAAUAAUCGGGUAGUUGAAAUGCUCGCUAGCAGUUUACUUUAUUACAUGUUUUACUGUCAUUUGGAACCUAAAUGUACUCACGUACAGUUAUCAGUAGGAUAGACAUUCCGGUCCAGCUUGCUGAUAAGAGACUCCAUCCAGUUCUAAGAAAUAGAUGUAGAUUUUUCUUGAAAGUGGAUUUGCUGUGUACAAGCUUUUCUCUGGUCUCAGCUUCAUGUUGUUGAUAUUUCUUAAUGUCUGGGAUGCAGGAUAUACUCAUAUUAUGUUUCUUGUAUAGAUUUUGUAAUUAUUUUUUUCAAAAGCCCUUAAAGGAUACAAAGUUCAGAGCUUCUUGUGCACAUGGGUUAGGAUUCUUAUAUAAAUUCACUUCCCCUUGCCUUCAAUAGUCUAAUUCAGCUUAAUUAUUUCAGCUUAUUUUUUUCCUCUGUGGAUUUCUAUAAUAUAGAUGAUUUAUUUAUUAUUAUUUUUUUUUUGACAAAUGGUUGCCAUAUUUUGUCCUUUGACUGUUAAGAGGAGAAUGUAUGU